ACAGCUGCUUGUGCAGAACGUCACUCGGCAGGAGCUCGCACGCAAAACGUCAUUCAUGAAGCGACAAGAGUAGAAGGCAGCUAGUAAGUACCGCCACCGACAUUGGUCUAUUGGGAACAUAGACUCAACCUGACCUACCCUAACAGCUACUGCCAGAUGACGGCAGCUACAAGGCAAGAGGUCCUCUCACUGUACAGACGCGUGCUGCGCAUCGCUCGGACCUGGAAGGCACAGUCCGCACUGCUGCAGGACACUGAGAGAGAGAGACUCUACAUAGCUGAAGAGGCACAGACUCUGUUCAGACAGAACAAGCAGGUGACUGACCCGCAAUCAAUCAAGACGUACAUAGAAGAAUGCCAAGCAAGGAUAGAAAUUGGGCUGCAUUACAGGAAUCCAUAUCCACGGCCGACAUACCUUCCUCCAAUGGGACUUGCCACUCAGAAAGGGAGAAAGCUACGCGCCCAGGCAAGACUGAGGAAGCAGGCCAAGCCCAUUUACUUAGAGUCACAUGACGAGACCUCCUGAUGAUGUCACAGUUCUUAUGGUGUGAGCCAGGGGUCAGGAUGCAGAAACACAGCUUUGAAGGAGAAUGUGGGAAUGAUCGAGGUGGGGCCUUCCGAUAUUUACAGCACUACCCUGAGGCCUUUCUCAGCAUGCUUGGUGUCAAUACAGAGUGGCUGUGACUUGGUGAUAAAAGCCAUUCCUCUAUUCAUUCAGCAUAAGCGUACAAUAUUAUCACAUUGGUUAAGUUCAUUGUUCUCGCAAACAUUUCAGAGCUAUACUUCACGCAGUGCAGUCAACUGCAUGUUUGGUCUGCCCAGUACAUUGUUUCUGCUUUUGCCGUAUACUUGAAGAAAUGGGUUUCAUGUCUUAGCACUGAUGUAUUUUAUUCUUUUCUUUUUUUAAUUAAGCUAUACAAUCUUGUGUAAGAUAAUACGCUGGAUUUUAUUUCUCUGUGUAAUAAAAUAUGACUUUUUUUUUU